AUGACUAAAUGGAGUAGUGGGUUAAAGGACCUGUACCAUAGAUCCUCUGAAAAUCUCAAUGAGUCACAAAAAGAAGCAUUGAAGUGUCUAUUGGAGAAACAUAAAGAUGCUUUUUCCAGUUCCUCCACAGAUUUAGGGCGUACUUCAUUAGUGCGACAUACGAUUGAAGUACCAGAAAAUGUUCGACCUGUAAAAAUACCACCUAGACGGGUGCCAAAAGCGUUCGAAGGCCAAGAAGAAAAAAUUAUUCAACAACAACUUGAAAUGGGAAUAAUUGAAGAAAGUAAGAGUCCAUGGUCUGCACCUUUAUGCUUUGUAAGGAAAAAGGACCCACAGGCAGGAGUGCGUGUCGUUGUGGAUUAUAGGGGUUUAAAUGAUCUAAGUAAAAAAUGUGCCUAUCCAUUGCCGAGAAUUGACAGUUGUUUAGAAAGUUUGGGAGGAAAUAAUUAUUACAGUUCAUUAGAUCUUUUGUCAGGAUUUUACCAAAUAGAACUGGAUGAGAGAGAUCGUGAAAAGACUGCAUUUGGCACCAGCAGGGGCGGUCUGUAUCAAUACGUUACUAUGCCGCAGGGCCUUACAGGGGCUCCACAUACAUUUCAGCGGUGUAUGGAAUUAGUGUUUAAGAACUUACAAUGGCGGACAAUGAUUAUUUACAUGGAUGAUAUUUGUACUUUUGCCGAAACGUUUGAUCAGGCAUUGUUUAGACGUUUUAUCAAGGGAUUUAGUGCUAGGGCGUCACCACUUAAUCGCUUAACAGAGGCCGGUCGAGCGUUUAUCUGGGGACCAGAACAGGAUAGUGCUUUUAUGGACUUAAAAACUGCAUUGACAGGCGAAGAAGUGUUAGCAUAUCCAAAAGAGGAAGGCUUAUUCAUAACUGGGAAGUACUUCCGAAAUCGCGUUCAACGACUUCGAUUCCAUAAUAGUCUGGAUUUAAAUGGUGUACAAAGUGGAAAUAGCUUCAACUUUGGUGACGAUAACGAGGAGGUGUUGAACGAGGACGUAAAUGCUAUACUGGAUGAACAUGUUGCAUUAUCCGAGGAUGCAGCGCAAACAUCUAACUUAGGUUGUCUCAAACAGUUUAACACAGUUAAUUGUUCACCUGUCAAAAUGGCCAAAUUACAGAGAGCAGACCCAGAUUUAGGAAUUGUGAUACAGUGGCUUGAAGAAAACAGACGACCCCUGAGAGAUAAGGAAUACGUCCAGUUGCAUAUCAAAAGUUGUGAAAAGUGUGCAUUCCGAAAAAGGCCGAAAAACAUACCGAGGGCACCAUUAACAGAGUACACAGUCGGCAAUCCUAUGGAUCGUAUACAAACAGACAUAAUGGGACCACUUAAUGAGACAGAAUCCGGAAAUCGGUACAUUAUCGUGGUCAUUGACGGAUUUACCAAGUGGGCUGAGUGUUAUGCAACCAGAGAUCAGCUAGCAAGUACCGUUGCUCAUAAGAUUGUAUAUGAAUUUUUGUCCAGAUAUGGUAUGUGUUUGGACAUACAUUCUGAUCAAGGGACAAAUUACCAAUCCAAGUUGUUCAGUGAAGUCUGUCGGAUUUUGGAAAUUAAUCAAACUAGGACUAGUGGAUAUAGGCCAAUGGCAAAUGGUGGACCAGAGAGAUUCAAUCAAGUUUUGCAAAAUAUGAUAUCUACUUAUGUAAACUCCAAUCAAACAAACUGGGAUGAAAAUCUUAAUUUAAUCACCUCCGCAUACAGAGGAUGUGUCCACCAGGCGACCGGAUUCACGCCAAAUUAUUUAAUGAUGGGACGCGAAGCUAUUAUCCCGGUUGACGUUUCACUUGGCUGCAUUUUAGAGAAUAAAAUAAGUUCAGUGGACUAUGCCAUUCAACUACAAGAGAAGUUAACAGAGGCGCAUCAUAUAGCACGAACUAAUUUGCAAAAGAAUGCUGUCAGACAGAAGCGUGAUUAUGACACCCGGAUUUCAAAAACACAUUUUAGUAAAGGACAGUUAGUUUUGUGCUUAGAGAAGUCUAGACAUAAAGGAAUCAGCAAGAAAAUUGACCCUAAUAUUUGGAAGGGGCCUUAUGUUAUUACAAGGAAGAUCACAGACCUUUUGUAUGAGAUAAGACUUUCCCCAAAUGGCAAAUCAAGAAUAGUGCAUCAUGACAGAUUGAAAACCGUUUCAUGGAAAUAA